CCGCACUUCGCCCUCCCCUCUCUCCGCUCUCACUCCCCGCACAGGCAGUUGGCGGCCGCAGCGCUGGCUGCCCCACGUGUUUCUGAGCCCGUGCAGAGCCGCCGCCGCACAGCGCGAUGCCAGCGGUUCUGGGAGGCUCCGGUUUGCAAAAGGGAACGACGACAAAACUCCUCCGAAGAGGACAGAAUUCCGCAGCGGUCUCCGAGAGGUGACUUUAGCACCGAUGCGCCGGGAGCGGCUCCUCGUGCGCUGCUUCCACGCAGGCUCUGCUCAUGGAGAACGGGACGCUGAACUCCAUCACCCGGGACGUGCACGGGGCUGCUGGGCGCAGGGGCAGCAGCUGCAGGGAGCUGAGCGAGGGGCAGUACGUGCUGUGCCGCUGGACCGAUGGGCUGUACUACCUGGGGAAGAUCAAAAGGGUGAGCGGCUCCAAGCAGAGCUGCCUGGUGACGUUUGAGGACAACUCCAAGUACUGGGUCCUCUGGAAGGACAUCCAGCAUGCCGGCGUCCCUGGGGAGGAACCCAAGUGCAACAUUUGCCUGGGAAAGACAUCGGGGCCCAGGAAUGAAAUCCUCAUCUGUGGGAAAUGCGGGCUGGGUUACCAUCAGCAGUGCCACGUCCCGGUGGCGAGCAGCAGUGAGGGCCCACUGGGGACACCGUGGUUCUGCCGUCGCUGCAUCUUCGCCCUGGCUGUGCGGAAGGGGGGUGCCCUGAAGAAGGGAGCCAUUGCCAAGACACUGCAAGCCGUCAAGAUGGUGCUGUCCUACAACCCUGACCUGCUGGAGUGGGACUCUCCGCACCGCACCAACCAGCAGCAGUGCUACUGCUACUGUGGGGGCCCUGGCGAGUGGUACCUGAAGAUGCUGCAGUGCUACCGCUGCCGGCAGUGGUUCCAUGAAGCGUGCACUCAGUGCCUCAGUGACCCCAUGAUGUUCGGGGAUCGAUUCUAUGUGUUUUUCUGCUCCGUGUGCAACCAGGGACCUGAGUACAUCAAGCGCCUUCCCCUGCGAUGGGUGGACGUGGUUCAUCUCGCCCUGUACAACCUGGGCGUGCAGAGCAAGAAGAAGUACUUCGACUUCGAGGAGAUCCUGGCCUUCGUGAACCACCACUGGGACCCUCUGCAGCUCGGGAAGCUGACCGGCACCCCUGUGUCCGAGCGCGGCCCCCACCUGCUCAAUGCCCUCAACAGCUACAAGAGCAGGUUUCUCUGUGGGAAGGAGAUCAAGAAGAAGAAAUGCAUCUUCCGCCUGCGGAUCCGCGUCCCGCCGAACCCCCCCACCAAAGUGCUGCCGGAAAAGGCGCCGGGCGAGAGGGGCUCCUGUGAGCUGAAGAAGAGAGGGAAGAGCAGAUUUGUGCACAAGGACAGCCUGCUCCCAGGGCAGCUCCAGCAGCAGAAACGGCGUGCGGUGCGGCGGAAGAGGGCCAAGUUCCUGCUGGAAGAUGCCAUCCCCAGCAGCGACUUCACCUCUGCCUGGAGCACCAACCAUCACCUGGCCAGCAUCUUUGACUUCACACUGGAUGAGAUUCAGAGCCUGAAGAGUGCCAGCUCGGGGCAGACCUUCCUUUCCGAUGUGGACUCCACGGAUGCCGUCAGCACCUCAGGCUCAGCCACCACCAGCCUGUCCUGCGAGUCCAGCCGGAGGACGGUGGGCAGCCGUAAGCGCAAGCAGACAGUUCUGACCCCCCCCUCAGCACGGCCCAAGCGUGGCAGCGGGGCAGCAGGCAGGCAGCCAGCAGUGGGCAGCCCCCAGGGCAGCGAGGUGACAUGUGGGCCUGAGCGGCUGGAUGAUGGCAUUGACAGCCACACCUUCGAGAGCAUCAGCGAGGACGACUCGUCGCUUUCACACCUCAAGUCGUCCAUCAGCAGCUACUUCGGGGCAGCGGGGCGGCUGGUGUGCGGGGAGAAGUACCAGGUGCUGGCACGGCGUGUGACGCUGGAGGGCAAAGUGCAGUACCUGGUGGAGUGGGAAGGGACCACCCCCUACUGAGCCCCCGUCCCUCUGGUCCCAAUGCCUUUUCUGGAGCUGACAGCGGAGCCCUUGGGUGCAGCCAGGCUUUGGUGCAGCAGAGGAGGAAGAGGAAGAGGAGGAGGAAGAUGCCCUGUGCUUGGCACCCUGGCUGUGUGGAGAUGUGAGGGGUGGACCCCCUCAGUCUUUUUAUUGUUUUCCUUUGACAAUUGUUGUUUUACUGGCCACGUAUAUGCAAAGAGCCAUGCUUCGGCCUUCGGUCACACUGGAGGCACCAGAGGAGUGGGGCAGCUCAGGCCCCUCCUGGAGCACCACAUCCAGGCUGGAGCAGCAGUCUUGCAGGGACCCGUGCUGAAGCACCAUUGCUGUCCCACUGUGGAGCCCAAUGGCUCAUCCCUACACCAUAGGAAAUAGCAGGUGAUGCCGCAGCCCUUGUGUGGGCUUUUCCUUCUGCCAAACCCAUUCAUCUGAGGAAUGUGAUUUGCUCUGAGGGGAGGACACCCUAUGAAUUGCUCAGACCCUAUCCCAGGGCCUGGAUGUGCUGCGUUCCCCAUCCCAACAAUCACCUCUUGGCACAGCUCAGCCAAACACACGCACGUGCCUUAAACCAGAGCGGGCACCACCCGGACUGCUCUUCAUCCCCUCAGAGAUGCCCGUCCUGCAGUGCCAAACCAGCCAAGAAACCAAAAAGGCAGUGGAGUGCUCCCCUGCCCAUGGGGCUGUCCCUGCGGUGGGCAUGCUGCUGCUUCACCGUGGUUUUCUAUACCGAAGGAGAACAAGAACCCCUUUUUGUCUAAAGCAAUACGGUCACUUUGUUCAGGGGCAAACUUUUUUUAAAAAAAAUUCUACUCUCAGAUGUACUCGUUAGGUUCUUUCUAAGAUAUGCUGAUGGAUGUGUGCUGCUCUGCCCCAUCCCCCCCAGCUGAGCCGCGUGCUCCUGCAGCAUCGUUCCUCUGCGUGUUCAUGGUCUGCCAGCCGGGGGAUGAACGGAAAAAGCUGUUUUAUUGCAGAAGUACUGAAAUGAUUCACUCUGUCGAAGUACAGCGAGGGUGUGGGGAGCAAGGCAGGGUGCUGCCUCGUGUUGUAUAAAGGUGAAAAUCCAUCGGCAUGAGAGAGCAGAUCGCAAACAGAACCCGUAAAACACAGACCUGCAGAACAGCCCCACUGCUGCGGUGAGGCAGUGGGACACGCAGUGUGGGUGCUGCCCAUGGCAUGGGCUGGGUGUGAGCUGCAACACCCCGAGCACUGGGCACAGCAAUGCAAAGCCCUGCAAUGCCUUCACGCUGUGCCACCAGUGCCGUGCGCUGGCGCAGUGCUCAGUGCAGAGCUGUGUGCUGAGCUCUGUUCAGCUGCAGCCACGGCACGGUUUGCAUCUGUUCAUCUGAAUGGAACUGCCAAAACAGUGUUUUGGGAGAGGUUGCUGCCAGGAUCCCACCAUGCCUGGUGCUGGGCCCAUCCAUCCAGCCCAGGCUGGUCAUCAGGGGAGCACGUUUCCACAUCAUGAGUGCCUAUGGAGCCCAGGUGACCAUCUCAGUUACUGCCUGGAUGGCUGGGGGCUGCCAGGAACUGUGCCCAGACCAACCCCAUGGGAUGGGCUGGGAGAACAUGGGUGAGCUUGGCAGCUCCCUCCUCAUCCUCCUCCUCUCCCUCUCCUCUCCUCCUGGCCUAUUGCAGAGAACUGAAUAUGGAGCCUUUAAAACUAUUUUUGUUUCAGAAUAUAUUUUGCAUUAGUUAUAAUAGAUAUUAUAAAUGACUCUAUGCACCUUCUAAAGAUUUAUGGUUUCAGGCUGCUGCUUGUAAUAACCAACUCUUGUUAUAUCUGAGUUGUAAUUAAUAUGUCUGAUGUACAAUUAAAAAGUCUUUUUUUCUUC